AUUGUAGUGAGUGCGACCCUCCGCAAAAACUCCACAUUUCAUCCGAGCUGAAGACAUCUCCGAAUAGGGUACUCCGGAAUUGGGCUGGGUGGGCAAAGUAAAAAUCGGGAAAGUCACUCUUCAAAGAUUUGUCACCAUCCAAUAGCUAAAGAGUAAAAUUUAGAAGCCGAAGGAAACGCCAUAAUGAAGAAAACAGACAUUAUGAACAGAAACUUGGAAGACUAUUUCAAAAUCCAGUUCGAAAAUAAGAUCGCAGUGCGACCACGCCGUGAAGAUUGUCACCUAGCAGCUGCCACGAAGAUAUUGGCCAAAAGAAAUGAAGUCGAGGAAACUGAUAAGGAAUUGGAAAUGCGCAAAGAAUGGUUUAAAGAAAAGAUGAAAGAAAUCAGGGCUGGCAGAGAGGCCCUUGCAGAUCGUGAAAACGCCUUGAAACAAGAGAUGCUCAGGUACGAAAAGUUCUUUCGAGAGAACACUUUAAAGCGACACAGAGGGGAGAGAAAAUCAAUGGAAGAGCGCGAAUACCAAGCCAAGAAGGACUCUGAGAUCGCCGCGUUAAAGGAAGAACUGAAGGAGUUAGAGGAAAGAAAAGAUGAAAUGCAAAAAGCUGUAAACAGCAACUCUAAAUUCCGCGACUUUCUUCUGAAGGCGACCGCCUACAAUCCAGACUACGAAGAGAUUAACGACCUGCUGAGCCGAUGCGACGUGUUGUGGGCGACGCAGAAGGAGCUGUUGGACCGGGAGCAGCACGACGCGCAGAUACUCGACCAGGAAACGCUCAGUCUGAUCGCCUCCUCCGAACACCUCAGCACCAACGUGCUGCGCCUCAACAACCUCAUCUCUGAGCUCCACCUGCGCUACGAGCGCGCGCAGAACAACGUAGCCGCGUGGGAGAACAGCUGGACGCGCAUUAAGAACACGGCCGCCAAGCAGACGCUGCAGCUGGGCCAGGUGAAGAUGGCCAUCCACAACCUGUACCAGCUGUGCCAGAGGUACCACAGGGAGCGCGCUCUCGAGCACGAGGAGGUGAUCGAGUACACUGAGCCCGGCGACCAGAUGAACACGGUGGCCGAGCUGAUGCAGGACAUCGGUGCCGUAUACAAGGAGUGCUGCCGACGCGCCCGACAGGCGGCCGCCAAGGCGUCGGCGCACGAGACCCCGCCGCUCUCUGACUGACAGCGCUGCAACGACUGGCGUGGGAGAGGCUGUCCUUGCGUCUCUGUCCGGUGUGGCUGGCGAGCUUCAGUCAUGUGUGUAACCAGCCGCCCAUACUCAACGGUCAAUACACUCGAACCGAAAUAUGAAGCAGCA